GACCACUUCCCAUAAUAUGGUAGUAAAACAGUAUAUCCAGUCUGAUCUAUUUAUUUUUCAGUUCUCAGUAUCAUGUGUUUGAGUUAACGAGACAGUUACCGAGGUUUUCUAUGUACGUGUUAUGUGGUGAAGAUCAGCAAGAAGCCAAGGGCACCUGUACCUUCCAAGUUAAUGAACGUGUACAAAGAAUUGUUAUGUGGAUAAAUCAGAAUUUUCUUCUACAAGAUGAUGUACAGGUGGACGCUGAUGGAAGUAUCAACUUUGCUUUCUUAUCUUUACGAGCCACUGGACCCUUCCAUUUUAAAAUGGACACAUCCGGAACUGUGACAUUGAAGACAGAUGACAUGGAUCUGGCAGGUGAUGUUGUACAAGCUGUGGCCAACUUCCUCAACCUAGAAGAUCUACAUACAACCAUAGACUACCCUGAUGAAAUGGAGAGACUUAGAGAAGUUCUUGUUAAGGUAGAUGAGUACCAUGCAGUAAGACAGAAAUUGACGGCAGAGAUGGCUGAUCAUUCUAAUUUGAUACGUAGUCUUGUUGUACGUGCCGAAGACGCCAGACUUAUGGGAGAUAUGGGUAACAUGAAGAAAGGCUAUACAGAGUUAUACAACAUGAAUCGUGACCUGAUUAAUGGAUACAAGAUAAGAUGUGGUAAUCAUCAAGAGUUACUGGCCGCACUUAAACAAGUUAACCUGAUCAUACAAAAAGCUGGCAGAAUGAGAGUCGGGAAGUUUAAGACUCAAGUUGUGAACGCGUGUCGAGCUGCCAUUAAAAGCAACAACGUAAAUGCACUUUUCAAGAUCAUAAAAACUGGAGGAAGCUGAGUGAUAUUUUGUGACAUAUCAACAAAACUGUUUACGUAUAUUUAUACAGACGUGACAUUUUACAUUCCGUCCAUAUCAUGAAAUAAUAAAAUGAUAAACAAUUUUAUACUGUACUGACAGAGAUAGUGAUUCAUACAUAUAUAUAUAUAUAUUGAAAUACUUUUACCGUAUAAAAGUGUGUUUAAGUCAGACUUGUGUGAAAUAUCAGUAUCUAAAUAGAGAGAACAGGAGAAAAAUUGGGGGCUAAAUGUCGGACUGGAGUAAAAUAUCAGUAUCUAAAUAAUUAGAGAGAAAAAAAUGGUUAUUGUUGUCAAGUAAAAUUUGAAAGGUUUUCGAAAGAGGAAAUAUCAUACACCAAAACCUCUGCAGAGCGACCCUCUGUACAACAAUAACCUCUGUACAGCAUUUACCUCUCUACAAUAUCAUUUCUUUCUGAAGGAAGACUUUGCAAUACAUUAAACUUCUCUACAACAACACCUCUCAUCAACAUCCAAAGUCUUGGUCUCAUGACGGAUGUUGGUACUGUGGUUGUACUGUACUUACAAUAAAAUAUUAUUAGUAAUUUUGUAUAUGACGUGAAAUCAGUCCCUUUUAAAAUCAUCUUUUGUAAACUUCCUCUUUGUUACAUUAGAUGUUUCCCUUACACUUAGUUUAAGUUAUUAUUAACAAGUGCUCUUUUUAAUCAUCCCAAGAUUGUAUUAAAACUUGAUUGCGUUUGUUUGUAUGAUAUCAUUAUUUAUGUGUAUUGUUAACGUAUUUAUUUAUAUGUUACUCUGUGAUAUAAGUAAGUUAUUAAUGUUUCUGAAAACAAAAAAUUGUAAUGUGUCCUGGCAAUUGAUAAUAAACUGAAGGAAAAUU